AUGAGCUUGUUGGUCCAAAUCUUCGCACCAUUAGAUGGUACCUACUAUGAUAGAGCAUUAUAUGUGUUUGCAUGCAAAAAACCUGCUUGUAGAAGACGUGAAGGGAGCAUAAGAGCCAUUCGUGGUGUUCAAAGAGAUACUGAAAAGGAAUCCAAGGAAGCUCAGAAGGAACAGGAUGAACUCAAGAAAUUAGCAUUGGAAGAAGCGAACGCACGUGCAGCUGAAGAAGAGAAGAAGCAAGCUCUUGCUAGCAUAGGUGAUAAGAUUUUUGACAAAUCAGCAGGUACAUCGAAUCCUUUUUCCAAUCCAUUCUCAAACCCUUUUGAAUCGAGCUCAUUUGAUAAGUCUGUAACAAAAGAAUCUAAGGAUAAAGGCAAAGAAAUCAAGAAGACCCCCCAGACAACAACCCCGACACCACAGCAACCCGCAGACAAACCAACUAGUGCUCACACAGCCACAAAAUACCCCCAAUUCCCUGGACGUUUUAUCGUAGUUGAAGGGGAGACUUUAACGCCAAGAAAAAUUGAGAAAUUAGACGUAGAACCCACUAUUGAUGAGGAAGACAUUGGUUCUGGAAGCGGUUCCCUGGAUUUAGGCAAAGCAGCCGAGACGGCAACUGCGUCUAUUGAUCCUGUAUUCCAAAAGUUUGUUGAUCUUGUCGAUAAUAAUCCUGAUCAAAUCCUGCGAUAUGAAAGACCAUCGACCCCUGUUUUCUAUUCGUCGAAAGACGACAUAUUCGACAUUCUGAGGGACAAUAAAAUCCCCAAGAGCCCAAUAGAUGGAGGAAACAGGAUUCUGGAGCUUCAAAUAAUGCCACAUGCCAUUAUGGUCAUUGAAGAAUCUUAUGAACAAGAAGACAUUAUCAAGAACGGUAUGGAAUGGGGCACUAUAUUCGUAGCCACGUCUGAAAACGAUGCCAUGCCUACUCUGGACGAUAAUGGUGUCGGCUACGCGGAGGAGUGGGUUGGUGUCCAAUGGGAAGAAGUAGUAACUCACUAG